AUGUCGCAAGCAUCCGCAAGCCACACUCAGAGCAGACGAAGUUUCCCUUCCAGAUUGAAUUUAAGGACCAACGUGCGCGACAGGCUGGGCCCAAGACCUGACAUCCACGCUCGCCUGGGCCAGCAGGAAGACGUUCAUGAAAGGCUAGGCUCCCAGGGAGGUCAACUUGACGGCCAUCGAGACGAGGAUCGAGAAGAAAGGCGCUCUGCUGCUCGCUCGCAGAGAAACAUUCGCGAAAGGAUAGGCCCCCAGGGAGGUCAACUCGACAAUCAUCACAAUGAGGACCGUGAAGAAAGGCGCUCUGCUACUCGCUCUCGAAGAACCAAUUCUCGUCGCCAAACUACUGGAAAUCCCUCACAAGCGCAGUCCACCAACACUCCGCCUAGACAGCACAACCGAGAAGGUCGACCCUCGCAAGCCAAUGAGGAAGUCAAUCAGCAUCGUCUAAAUCGCGAAGAUCAUCAACGUGACCGACUAGCCAUGCGUGCAGAAGACGUUGAGAAGCUUGUGAAUAACCGACUUCGAGACUUAAAGAUUGGCGGAAAUUUCGAAGAUGCACUACGCAUUGAGGUAGACCGAGCAAACUCCUCACCUUUCACAGUCAAAAUUGAGCAGGCUGCUCCUCCGAAACGAUUCUCAACGCCCUCUUUUACAUGCUUCAAAGGCGAUUCCGACCCCGAAAGUCAUCUGAAGCAUUUCAAGAGCCUUAUGAUCCUCUACAAAGCUGAAGACGCGUUAAUGUGCAAGGUGUUUGCAAUGACUUUGCGAGGAGCAGCUCAGGAUUGGUUCCAUACCCUGCCAUCCGGGUCGAUCAACAGCUUCAAGGAGCUUACUUACAUCUUCACUAAAGAAUACACUUCUUAUCGGACGAUCAAGAAGAACCCCGACCAUCUGUUCAACCUGCGCAAGAAGCCCGAGGAAUCCCUUCGAGAUUACAUCAAGAGGUUCAAAGCAGAAAAGGCCAACAUCGUAGGGUGCGAUGACCAAAUCGCAUCCUCCGCAUUCAAGAAAGGUCUUCCAGCAGAACAUGACUUAUAUCGCGAGCUGACUAUCACUCCCAGCCAGACUCUGGCAGAGGUCUUCGCGACCGCAGAACGCUACGCACUCUGGGAUGACGAUCGAAUCGCCGCGAAGAAGUCCACUGAGCAGGAAGAUCGACCGGCCAAGCGGGCAGAACAAAGAGGCGACAGGCUUGGCAGCAGGGACAAAGACAAAGGCAGGCCACGCCCACAAAGAGAGGCCACGACGAAAGAGAACUACACCAAGUUCUCUAUUCCCAUACACCAAAUUUUGGCCCAAGUGAAGGACAAACCUUGGGUAAAAAGACCUUCACCCUUGAAAGGAGAUCCGGACAAGAGGGAUACCAGAAAAUAUUGUGCCUUCCAUGCGACACAUGGGCACAAUACGAAUAAUUGCUUUGCUUGGAAAGCGCAUCUCGAAGAACUCGUGAGAGAAGGUCAUUGCACGGAGUUCAUCGCGAGGCAGGCCAUCCAGCAGAUAGAAGACCGCGAUACCGCCAAGGAGCCACCCCAGAAGGUCAUAAGGAUUAACACAAUCCUAGCCGACUCCGAGGAGUCUGGAACUGACCAACAAAGAAAAGAAGAGGAAGAUCAAACAGGCUACUAUGAUCUCCCAAGUCUCAACUAG